AUGGGCGCUUCGUCAUCCCUCAAGUUGGGAGCGAGCUUUUUUGUCAGCGUCGUGAUUUUGGUGCUGAUCGGCUCUUGGGUCUUGUAUACUUAUGAGAGACCAGCGGAGAUUGAAAGAUGCGAGCAGGCAACGAGGGCGUUUGAUUCAGCGGCGAUUUUGGGGGUCGAUCUAACAGAAGAACUUGAAGAACAGACAAAAUUGUCGGACUUGACGAUUAUGACAAACGAGCUUUUCGAAGAAAUCAAGCGGCAGGCUCAGGACGUUCACCAACCACUUUGCGAAGACAACUGGGACUACGGAACCUCACUUUUCAAUACUGGAACUAUCAUCGCUUCUCUCGGUUUCUUUCACACAGCACCGCAAACAUUCGAAGGAAAACUGGUCGUUUCUUUUCUCGUUCUUUUCGGGACGCCGCUAUACUUUCUAUCGAUUGGGUUGAUCGGCAAUGGAAUCGCAAAGUCUCAGCUCAAGAAAAUUGUGAAUACCGGCCCUGCGCUGAAAUAUGGAGGCUUUACUCUUGGAAUUUUGUUUAUUCUCGCUUUGAUAACUUGCGUUCCUGCUGCAAUUAUUCAGGUUCUUGAAGAAAAGAUUGAAUUCUUCGACGCUUGGUAUUUUUGCGCUACAACAAUCGCGACGGUUGGCUUCGGCGAUAUCCGUUUGAGUGGACCAGCAGUUGCCGUCUGGCUCCUAUGGAUUUGGAUUGGGCAUAUUUUGAUGGCUGGAAUUUUGGUCACCCUUAUUUCUUCAAUUAUCAUAAGUGAUUACAAGGAGCAACAGAUGCGUGAUCCUGAAGAACAGAAAUUAUUGACGCAAACUGAUGGUCCAGCUACAUAUGGUGGAAUGAUGUACCACCCAACCCUUGUUCCCGUCGGAACUUUGUCUCCACCACCACCUGGCUAUGAUCCGUCAGAUUACAGAGCGCUUUCAACGAUCCAAGUCCGGGAAGUGCGAAAAGAGCGAAUUCCAGAUAGCGAUCCUCAAGUCGACCUUGGUUCAAGCCGAAGUACUCUUAGUGGCCAUUCACCUUCGGAAAGAAGCUCAAAUGCGAGUGAAGCAUCUCAUCCUCUUGAAGAAACUGCCUCUAGCCCUGUGAAAAAGGCUGAAAAUAUAUCGGAGACUGAAUAA